AUGUCCAAACCUCAUCAAUUUCGAGUUUUGGAAUUCUAUUCCGGCAUUGGAGGCAUGCACUAUGCAUUCAAUGAAUCUGGUCAUAAGGGUGAAAUCCUCAAAGCAUUUGAUAUCAAUACUACUGCAAACGAGGUAUAUGCUCAUAACCAUGGAAAACAACAACUGGCCCAGAGGAAUAUUGAAGCUGUACCUGUAGAAUUCUAUGAUAAGCAACAAGCUGAUGUAUGGCUCAUGUCUCCACCCUGUCAACCAUAUACUCGAACAGGAAACCAAGAAGGUAGUAAGGAUAAUCGUGCAAAGUCCUUUCUCUACCUCAUGGAUAUCUUGCCGAAACUUCAACACCCUCCCAACUAUAUCCUUUUGGAAAAUGUCAAAGGAUUCGAAGAAUCUGAUUCACGCGAUCUGUUGGUCGAGGCUCUCACUACUAAUGGAUAUGAGUUUCAAGAAUUGUUGAUUACGCCUUUACAGAUCGGGAUCCCCAACUCUCGAAUGCGAUACUAUUGUCUAGCAAGGAAAAAGGAUACUGUCGGGGGCUUUGUUCAUCCAGUGUCGGGCACAUUGAUUGGGUACAUUCCAUCUAUUCAUCCUACGUCUACGACUACAUCUGAUAGGGAUCAUGACGGUGAAGAAGAAAAUAACAAGGGCAACAAUAAGGAGCUGAAUGAAAGACAGGGAAAAGAUUUUGUGGAUACGAGAAAACAAGGCGAUUUAUCUGGAUUAUCAACAUCUAUCGCCAAAAAGCAGAGAACCAGUCUGUCAACCUCUAUUAUCACAAAGGAAAGUGGUAGUGCUAGCAAUGACGAUGGCAGUGGCAGUGGUAAUAGUAGUGGUAAUAGUAGUGGUAAUGGUAGUCAGGGUCAAAAGCCAGACGAAGAUGCUAUCUUAGCAGAUCCCGAAUUAUCACUCAAAGUCGACACACUGGAAUCGUAUAUUGAGUUCAAGGAUAUGGAUGAUGAACGCAUGAAACGGUAUAUGAUUCCAGACAAGACACUUUUAAAAUAUGGAUGGCUGUUUGAUAUUGUGAAGGAGACGACUCGAAGGAGCUGUUGUUUUACGAAAGGAUAUUAUCACUUUGUUGAAUCGACAGGAUCAAUUUUCCAGAUGGCAACAGACAAAGACACGGCUGCCGUGUUCGAUGAAGCUCUAUUAUUAAAGGCCAAGCCCGAUUCGACAACACCAGAUGAGGACAACGCAAGAGCAUUAGCCUUACUUCGUUCGCUUGGUCUACGUUACUUUACUGAGAAUGAAGUUGCACGACUGAUGGGGUUCCCAAUCAUGGAAGGUAGAUUCUCUUUUCCUGUAACGACAUCACUUAAGCAACGAUAUCGUGUCUUAGGCAACAGUAUCAACGUCAAGGUAGUAUCGCAAUUGAUUCAGUACUUGUUGACAUCCAAGGAUUCUCAGGAUAGAAAUGAAUAA